AUGGCUCCUGUCCAACCUCGUACCGCCGAAUCAUUCACCUACCCCCAGUCCUACUCCUUCCCACCAUUCUUCACCCUCCAACCCAACCUCCAAACCCGCCUCUCCCAACUCCGCAAAUGGUCCCGCCUAAUCCAGCGGUACUGCCGGCAUCACCACGUCUUCAAGCUUUCUCUGGUCGCUGCCCUCGACACACCCUUGUUCAAGAACGCAGAACUGAGGAAGAGGUUGAGCGUGAACGAUGCGUUGCAAGUGGUGGAUUGGAUGACGAGGGAUGAGGGUGGUAGGAGGGCGGAGUGGAUCGAUGGAGGGGUAGAGGCGAAGGGGGGAACGACGUGGGUGUAUUGGAAGAGGCCUGAGGAGUGGGCGGAGGUGAUUGUUGGGUGGGUGGAGGACACUGGGCAGAAGAAUACCGUGCUCACGCUUUAUGAGUUGAUGAACGGGGAGAUGACUGUGGGACAGGGUAUAGUACCUCGCGAGAAAAGGUCGAAGUCGAAUGCUCACGGAAUGCUAGAUUUUCACGGCAUGGACGCCGAACUGUUCCACAGAUCGCUGGCCGUGUUGGUCAAACGGGGCAAAGCGCAGGUAUUUGGAAGUGAAGAUCAACAGGGAGUCAAAUUUUUCUGA